AUGGUCCUCACAUGCGGCAUCAACACUGGUCCUUCAAGCGGCGUUUACCUCGACAAGCUUCAGUCGCUCCUUCUGGCCGCCUUCCGGCAGGAGGCCAACAUGCUCGACCAGAAUUACCAGGUCCUUAUCUAUGAGGAGGCCAAGGAGGCCAAGCGCGCGUCGAAGCGCAAGAAUGUGGACUUCUUCUCGGACGUGGGCGCCUUAACGCGCAAGGACGGUUCGGAGAGGCCAGAGAGGGUCCUUUGCUUCUGGUGCUUCUCGUGCUCCGUCACCCUCAAGGAGAUCCUCCAGCAGGAGGUGCGCUCCAUCAUCGUGACCUCUGGAACCCUGUCGCCGAUGGAGGCCACCGCGGAGUCCUUCGGGGUGCCGUUCCCGGUGAGGUUGGAGAACUCCCACGUGAUCGACACCCGGAAGCAGCUUUGGGGCGGCGUGCUGCCGGCGGGGCCGGCUGGGGUGAGUUUCGACGCCUCGUUCUCGCAGCGGAGCAACCCUGCGUACGCGGCAGAACUGGGCAAGUCGGUGGCCGCCGUGGCGGCCAGCGCGCCCGACGGGCUCCUGCUGGCCUUCCAGUCCUAUUCGCAGAAGGACCAGAUGCUGCAGGCUUGGCGCCAGUCGGGCGUCUUGGAGGAGAUCAAGCAGCGGAAACCGCUCUUCGACGAGCCCAAGGGGAACGCGGAGCUUCGGCAGACCAUGGAGCUGUACAGCAAGGCGCUGGAUCAGCCGCCAUCGCCAGGUGGCGUGGGGGGUGCCAUCCUGGCCGCAGUCUGCCGCGGCAAGCUGUGCGAGGGCAUCGAUUUCACCGACCGCCAGUGCCGCCUGGUGAUGCUCGUGGGCAUCCCCUAUCCUGCGCGGAAUGACCUGCGUGUCGUGAUGAAGCAGAAGUUCUUGGACAGCCGCGGUACAGACGGCGAUGGCCGGCGGUGGUACGCGCGCGAGGCGAUCUGUGCUGUGAACCAGACGAUCGGGCGGGUUAUUCGGCACAGGGGCGACUUCGGUGCGGUACUCUUGUGCGACAGCCGCUACUCCAAGGAUGGUCGACUGGCCCACCUUGCGGGAGGCCUCUCCUCCUGGCUGCGCCCGCGCAUGUCGGUGCUGAGCUCGUUCAGCUCGGCCCUGGAGGGGUGCCGUGAUUUCUUCGGGCUUGCGUCGGCCACGCUCGCCGCGCCGGGAGGUGCCCAGCAUGCGGAGAGCGCCCCCGCGCCCGCGCCCGCCGCAGAUGGCGGCGCUGGCGGAGGUGGAGCCGAGGCUCCGCCCGCCGAGACGGUUUCGCUGGCCAGCCUCGGUGCGCAUGACAGCCGCCCCCGGGCGCACAGCGGCGGCGCUGGCGGCCCGCCCAGGCCGGCGGGCCCUUCCGCAGGAGGCGUGCCUCUGAGCGCCCUUGGCGCCCUGUGGAAGAAGCGGCGCGUCGGUGGAGCGGCGCCGGCCGCGCCAGACGCGCUGGCCGCGCUGGCAAAGCGGGCCGCGCCAGUCGAGUCGACCGCGCCAUCAGCGCCAGAGAUCUCCGAGGAGCCGCACGGCCGUGCCGCGGCCGCGGGGCGUGGCACCCGUGGGCCCGCGGCGGCGUUGCCAGCGGCAGCAGCUGGCGACUGCGCAGGGCCGGCAGUGGCGACGGACGGGCCCGCGGCGGCGGGCGGCCACGCGAGGCAUCCAGACCGCCCUGUGGCGAGGCCCAGUGCGCCCCGGCGUCCGCAGCUGAGCGCGGAGGCCAUCGGGUGGCUGCGCGGGGCGGAGCCGCUGCUGCCGCGGAUGCACUACGAGCGGCUCGAGGUUCAGGUCAGUACGGCACAGCAGCAGUCCCAGGCGGUCGCGGCGGCCCCGUCCGACAGCGCCGCCGGGGAACGUUUGGCCGCAGCGCUGGACGAGGUGGCGAGGGCUGUGCUACCGGAGGUCUGCUUCGACUCGCCCGAUGAGGAACGCCAGCGCGGGUUGCUGGUGCGCGGGGUCCCCGCGCUAUUGCCGAGGCUGUUCAGACCGCUCUGGAAAGAGCGUGUCGACAAGCUGCUUUGCGGGCGCGGCAAGCCCAAGUUUGCCUGGUGA